GGUACAGGUACCUUGGGGUUGUCAUUUAUCCAUCACAGAUGUUGCCACCAGCUUCUGUUCGUGUUUUUAUACUUCUAACGCCUCAAAGAGUUAUUCCUGGGGUGAGAAGAUAGAGGUGAGAAGAGCGGUGAGAAUCUCCAACCACCACGAAGAUUUCCAGCACCCGGGUAUUUUAGAAGAAAACCAGGUCUUUUGUUGUGUCAGUCCCCAGGAAACUUAGACUCAAACCAAAACAAACAAACGAACAAAAAGAACAAACAACAAGAGCAAAACAAAACAAAACAAACAAACAAACAAAAACAAAACAAACAAACAACAAAAAAAACACCACUAAAGCCCCAAUCACUUCAUAAAUGUCAACUGCAUUUUCCUUCCGUAGUCUCCAGAACGGUUUGCUUCAGAAUAAGAUUGCCCUCUUGUGGACAAACAACAGUUUUGACAUCUAGCCUGGUUCACCCCUUCAUAUUGUGAUCUGAUCGGCCUGUCAGAAUGAUUCACUGAGCUUUACUCUGGAAUGGACGCGAGAUUUUAACACUGGAGCUUAGGGAGACCCAACAGAAGACACAUUCAUUACUUCAGAGGGUCUCGGGGUCAGCUACUCCAUUACAGGCUACAUUCCUCAUCAAAGGCAAAGAAACCCUGUUGACACUUCUCGUGUAGGAGAGGAUUGCUUUUAAACGACUCACGCCUGCUGUGUCAUGUCUGGAGUUGGAGCUGAGAGGAGCCGCCGGGAGGGUGCAUGUGACAGGAUCCGCAGUUGCAGGCUGGAAGGUGCUGUCUGCCGGAGCUCCUGAGGCCUCGUCAGUAAAGUGUGUGCAAGCCCACCCUGCCCAGGCAGCAUGUCCCUUCAUGAGCACGUGCUGUCCCUCUUCCGCAGUGCAGUGGGCACUGUCCGGCCGGCCCCAAUGCUGAAGAGGGCUGUGAAACUGCAGGGAGACGGGUGCCCACAGCUGAUAGUGAAGGGCCGGGCCUUUCCCGUGAAGAGGAACCUGUACCUGGUGGGGUUUGGCAAGGCUGUGCUGGGGAUGGCAGCAGCUGCAGAAGAGAUCCUGGGGGACCACCUCAUUCGGGGGAUCGUCAGUGUGCCACUAGGCAUCCAGGAGAGCCUGCAGCGAGCGGGAAUGCAGGAGAUGCUGCUGAAGCCGCACAGCAGAAUCCAGGUCAUCGAAGGCGCAAGGAACAACCUCCCUGACCCCGAGGCUCUGAGGGGAGCAGGUGCCAUUCAGGAGCUGGCUCAGGGCCUGACAGCAGACGACCUGCUCCUCGUGCUCAUCUCAGGGGGUGGUUCAGCCCUGCUGCCUGCUCCCAUCCCUCCCAUCCUCCUCGAAGAGAAAGAGAAACUGACAAAGAUGCUGGCUUCCAGAGGAGCUGCCAUACAGGAGCUGAACAUUGUCCGGAAGACUCUGUCCUUGCUGAAGGGUGGAGGGCUGGCCCGGCUCGCAUAUCCCGCACAGGUGGUGAGCCUCAUCCUUUCCGACGUGAUCGGCGACCCUCUGGACAUCAUAGCGAGUGGGCCCACCGCUGCCAGCUCCCACAGCGUCCAAGACUGCCUUCAGGUCCUGGCCAAAUACAACCUGCUGCAGAGCCUGCCCGAGUCAGUGGAAACGGUGCUCUCCAGCUCUCCCACCAAGCGCGCUGCUCCAGAAGACUACUCCCACGUUUGCAACGUCAUCAUCGGAUCAAACGCGCUGGCUUUGGACGAGGCCAAACGCCAGGCUGAGGGCCUGGGCUACGUGGCCCUGAUUCUGAGCGCAGCAGUCUGCGGGGACAUCGGCCACGUUGCUGCUCUGUACUGCCAGCUGAUCCGGCUGCUCUGCCUGGGCUUUGCUGGCCUCGGAGAAGGGCCUCUGGGCAACGAGGUGAGGGGGAACCUUCUGCAGCUGGCAGCAGAGUUAGAUAUCCCAGGCUUGAACCUGGCUGAGUUUCUGGAGGCCCUCCGAGGAUUAGGGCCUGAAAAGCCAGUCUGCAUCCUUGCUGGCGGAGAAACCACGGUUCGGCUUCGAGGAACCGGGAAGGGAGGAAGGAACCAGGAGCUGGCCCUGCGAGUGGGGCUGGGGCUGCACAGGGCACAGGGCGCUGAGGCCAGCAGCCCCCUGGGGAGGUGCGAGAUCAUCUUCCUCAGCGGGGGGACGGACGGGCAGGACGGGCCAACAGGAGCAGCAGGGGCCUUCUGCAGUCCGGAGCUGGUGGACGAGGCGUUCCAGGAAGGCCUCGAUGCGGAGGCUUUCCUCAACAACAACGACUCCUAUACCUUCUUCAGCCACUUCCAACGUGGGCGUCACCUCCUGGUGACAGGCUUGACAGGCACCAAUGUCAUGGAUAUCCAGGCUGUUUUAAUUAGACCCAAGGAUAGAUCAUGAAAGCUCCCUCUGCCGAUAUUCAGAUGCGUUUAAUUAGGACCAGGGGUAAACGAGGCAAUAAGCACUGCAGACAAAACUACUUAAAUUAGGGCUAGCUGUCAAGUGUGCUAAUAUCUUUGGUAGAAAGAUUCCACUAAUUAAUCACGAGUGGAUGUCCACAGCAAAUGCACUGGGAACAGUCAAGCACUUGUAAUUGGGAUCUGAGAAAGGCAAGCAGUCACGCUGUGGACAUGGAGGUUGCAGUUAGCACUUCUGCUGAGAGCCACUGCUACCGUGACAGCUUCACAGAACAGAAUAGAAUGGCCUGGGUUGAAAAGGACCCUAAAGAUCCUCUAGUUUCAACCCCCCUGCCCCAUGCAGGGUUGCCAACCACCAGAGCAGGCUGCCCAGAGCCUCAUCCAGCCUGGCCCUGAGUGCCUCCAGGGAUGGGGCAUCCACAACCUCUCUGGGCAACCUGUGCCAGUGCCUCAACGCCCUCUGAGUGCUGAGUGAAAAACUUCCUCCUAAGAUAUUAAGUUAGAUAUAACCUAAAUCUCUUGUCUUAGUUUAAAACCAUUCCCCCUCGUCCUGUCAGUAUCAACACAUGCAAACAGGCGUUCCCCCUCCUGUUCAUAUGUUUCAAGUACUGGAAGGCCACAAUGAGGUCUUCCCAGAGCCUUCUCCAAGCUAAACAAGCCCAGUUCCCUCAACCUUUCUGUACAGGAGAGGUGCUCCAGCCCCCUGAUCAUCUUAGUGACACUCCUCUGGACCUGUGCACUUGGCCUUGUUGAACCUCGUUAGGUUCUCAUGGGCCCACUUCUCCAACCUGUCCAGGUCCCUUUGGGUGGCAUCCCUUCCCUCUUGUAUCAACUGCACCACUCAGCUUGGUGUCAUCUGCAAACUCGCUGAGGGUGCACUCGACUCCGUCGUCUAUGUCACUGAUCAAGAUGUUGAAGAGCACCGGUCCUAAGACUGGCCCCUGAGGGACACCACUUGUGUUUUUUUGUUUGUUUCUGUUGUUGUUCUGGAAUACAAAAUUUAUUUAAAGCUUAUAAAUGAC